AUUAGUGAUUUUUUUUGCAAGGAUUUGUAAUUGGGGGUGCUUCUUGCUGGAACCAGCUCUAAGUUUUGCUGCUACCAUCUAUGAUUUUUGCUACUACCAUAUAUGAUUUUGCUACUACAAUCUUUCAGAUUUUUGCUACCGCCCGUCUUUGAUUUUGGCUGAAACGAGUUUCAAAUUUUUGCUACCACCGCCCUUUGUUUUUGCUGCUACCGUAUUUGAUUUUUGCUACCACUCUUUCUUUUUGAUUUUUUUGUUAGAUUCCUCUUUUUUGCUGGAACCAUCGAAGUAUUUUGCUGGAGCUGGUUGAUUCCAUAGCACGGCCCUGACGGCCGCUUUUCUUCCCUCGUGCGAGAUGUGCCAGGGGAGCUACGAAAUUGGCAAAACCUGGAACCGGUGCACAAUUUUGUUGGAAUCGGCGCCAAAUUUUGCUGGAACCGGUUACGGCGACGGCUACGGUAGGAGCAACGAACUAGCGAGGAUGUUUCAACCUGCAGGCUUUUUUGCUGGAACCGACGGCGUGUUUUGCUACAUGGGGACAGACACACGCGGGGCACGAGCGAUGCGACCAUCAAGCCGGCGAGGGGGUCCGGCGGGCUGCGCUGCCGUGCAGUGGCUGCGAGCCGACGAGAGGCGCCAUCGAGCCAGAGGCGAAAGGCCGCGGGGGAACCACGAGCUAGUAGGGAAUGUGUGCGGCUGGCGUUUCUCGCGAGAAGAAAGGGCUGGCGUUUCUCGCGAGAAGAGAGGGACGUGCGCGAGGCAAUCGUGUGGUCCAGGGCGCGUGCAUCGGGCGGCUGCGCGUCGACUAGUACUGCCCAUUUCCAAAAGGAUUCCCGCGAGAAGAAGGCCGCGACGCAUGGGCGAAUCAAGCCGAUAGUAUACAAGUACGUACGUUUUAAAACGGUUGCUGGCUCUGGCGUGGCAGCACGCACGCCGUCGCGUGGUGCCGAUCUGAAGGCAGAAAAGGGGGCCGACAGGCGUAUCGCAGCACCUGCGCCCGCAUCACCGUCCCCCGGAAACCAUUUUUGCAGCUUAGCUCCAGUCCCCUGCGACAGCCUACAGCUACUCCCCUGUUUAAAGGGCGGUGUGGGGGAGGAGGAGAAGCAAGUCCGCCAGCUGCAGCUACUCCUGCUGCUUGCUUCCCCCCUGUCGCCGGUCGAAGGAGAUGGGGAGGCUACUCCCGCUGGCGCUGCUCGUCCUCCUCUCUGCCGCCGCCGCUGCCCCCCAGCUCGUCGGAGCUGCGAGGGGAGACCAUUCCCUACCAAUAAUACAGCUAGCGGGAGCAGCCAAGGCAGAGCAUUCCCUAGGAAUCAUCCAGAAGGACAUCAUUCAGACGGUCAACAAGCAUCCCAAUGCCGGGUGGACGGCUGGACACAAUCCCUACCUCGCAAACUAUACUAUUGAGCAAUUUAAGCAUAUCCUGGGAGUGAAGCCAACGCCUCCAGGUUUACUGGCUGGUGUUCCAACCAAAACUUAUUCUACAUCAGAAAAGGAGGAUCUCCCAAAGGAGUUCGACGCCAGAUCUAAAUGGUCUGGCUGCAGCACGAUCGGGAAAAUACUUGAUCAAGGUCACUGUGGUGCGUGUUGGGCCUUUGGUGCUGUGGAGUGCCUGCAAGAUCGUUUCUGCAUUCAUCACGGCGUGAACGUUUCACUUUCUGUCAAUGACAUAGUGGCUUGCUGUGGGUUUCUGUGUGGCGAUGGUUGUGAGGGAGGAUAUCCUAUCUUCGCAUGGCAAUACUUCGUCGAGAACGGUGUUGUUACUGACGAGUGCGAUCCAUUCUUUGAUCAGGUUGGCUGCCAGCAUCCUGGAUGCGAACCUGCUUAUCCUACACCUGUGUGUGAAAAGAAAUGCAAGGUUCAGAACCAAGUUUGGGAGGAAAAGAAACAUUUCAGCAUCGAUGCAUACCAAGUAAACUCUGAUCCACAUGACAUCAUGGCAGAGGUCUACAAGAAUGGCCCUGUAGAAGUUUCUUUCAUAAUUUAUGAGGACUUUGCACACUACAAGUCAGGUGUUUACAAGCAAAUCACAGGUAGGAUGGUGGGAGGUCAUGCCGCCAAAUUGAUUGGAUGGGGAACAAGUGAUGCUGGCGAGGAUUACUGGCUUCUUGCAAAUCAGUGGAACAGAGGAUGGGGCGAUGAUGGGUACUUCAAGGUCAUAAGGGGCACGAAUGAAUGUGGCAUUGAAGGAGAUGUUAAUGCCGGUAUGCCCUCGACAAAGAACAUCGCGGGUAGCGCCUUUGCAAUGUGAAGUCUGAGCGGCGCCUUUCCUCUGUUGCAGUUGGAAUUAGGGAUUUUCCUAUCAAAUUAAGACCCUCUUUGAUUCAACGGAUUUUCAUAGGACUAGCAAAUAUGCCCGUGCGUUGCAACGGGAGAAAAACAAUCAGAUUAUGCAGAUUAUAUCAGGAUGAGAUAAGGACUUUUAAAAUGUCAUUUCUUAAACUACAUCUGAGUAAUGUCAUUAUGAGAUAAGGGACUUCUAAAAAGUCAUUUCAAAAACUGAAA